CCUGAAGGCAGUCGCUCGCUUCAAAAGAAUCGAAGCAAAGAUGGACUCCUAAAGAAUUUUUAUACACGGCAGUCGUCCGACUUUGGAUGUUCCCACGUUAAAUUUCGCUGAAGCCAGACGGACCGUUCUUUUAUGACCAAGUUCGUGUCGUAAACGAUGAUCGUGCAAGAGCCAGUGCAGGCAGCCAUAUGGCAUUGUUUGAACCAUUAUGCUUAUCCAGAUGCAAUAUUCUUGGCAGAAAGACUAUGUGCAGAAGUGGACACGGAGGAAACAUUGUUUCUCUUGGCAACAUGCUAUUAUCGUUCUGGCAGAGUUAGACAAGCCUAUGCCUUAUUAUCCCAGAAGGCACGUAAUUCGGCACAGUGUAGAUUUUUAUUAGCAAAAUGUUGUUACGAUCUGGAAAAGUAUGCAGAGGCAGAAGCGAUAAUAAUUGGUGGGUAUUACAAACAAUUGAAGAGUUUGGAAGAGAUAGUGACACAAUUUGGGGAACAAGCAUGCUUUUCCCUGCAGAUAAUAGCGAAGAUUUAUUAUAAAAUGAUGCGCACCAAAAAAGCCAACGAAGCGCAUAAACUAGCUUUAAAACUAAAUCCGUUUCUCUGGCACUCUUUCGAGGAACUCUGUAAUGUCGGCGAGAAAGUGGAUCCUAACAAGAUCUUUCAGUUGGACAAAUUAGAUUCCUUUAUCAUGUGCCAUGGUACAGCUUCCACGUGGGACUACGUCGCUGAGCCAGAUCUCAUUGUACCUGGAAAUAACAAUGCCAACAGCACACCUAUGUCGAAUAGCACUAACAUCACACCUGUGCAAGUGACUGCACCGACGCUGAUAAACGGCAGCCAAGUAUCGCAAGUACGAUUAUGUUCUUCUAUAGAGGAGAACCCACAAAAUGUUCCAGUUCACUGGAGUAACUGUUCCUCGAUAUCACCGAGGACCAAACUGUCGCGUUAUCGUAACAUGUUCAGUAACCCUAUGAGUCCACUUACACCUAGCUUCGGCAUUUUGCCUUUAGAAAGCAAUACACCCGAACAGGCCGUACCACCCACGCAUACAACUCUCACGGAAACCAAUGACCAGAAAAGUUUGGCGAAACGUGUAAAGGCUCAUGUUGGGCAAUUAAUGUCGAAGAAGGAAACGCCGUUGCAGCAAGGUAAACCCGACUGGCAAAAGGUUUUUUCGCAGUCAGGUAAUGCAAGCAAUACUGCCAAUAUCGUGACAGUGACCGCUACACCGACACCUCCUUCACCGACGUUGCAGGGCACCAACGUUAGACGUUCAUCGCGGCUUUUUAGCCAUCAUCAUUAUUCAGUGAAGGAAAAUAAUAAGUCACCUAAUAGGAACCAAUUCGCUACUCCGAAAUCUCCAUCUCGGAAGCCAAAAACGCGAUUUAUCAAGGCAAACCAGAACAAGACUAACUUUGAGUUAAAUGAGAGAAAUAGGAACGAGAAAGAGAAGAGCGAGACGAUUACAUCGGAGAAAGCUAUCGCAAAUACGAACGCGUUGAACACACAAAGUAACAAUAUUCAUUGUGCAGUAACGUUACAAAAACAGUGUGCAGAGGGUCUAAUGUCUCUGUUGCGAGAAUUAGGCACAGCUUAUCAACAUUUGAGUCAGUUCAAAUGUACGCAAGCUAUUGAAGUAUUGAGUAUACUGCCAACACAGCAUUAUAGCACAGGUUGGGUACUCUCUAUGCUGGCUCGUGCGCACUUUGAAAUGAUGGACUAUAAAAAGGCUGCUAGUUAUUUCGCAGAAGUGCGGCAAUUGGAGCCACAAAGGAUGGAAUUGAUGGAGAUUUAUAGCACCGUUUUAUGGCAUUUACACGCAGAAGUGCAGUUAUCUACGCUUGCCCAUGACUUGGUUGCUCAAGAUCGUACAUCAGCGGCGGCAUGGUGCGCCACGGGUAACUUGUUCUCGGCGCAAACGGAACACGAAACCGCAAUCAAAUUCUUCCAAAGAGCUAUCCAGGUGGAUCCCAAUUUCCCGUACGCUUACACAUUACUAGGGCACGAGUAUGUUCUGACAGAAGAACUAGAUAAGGCAAUUACUGCAUUCCGCAACGCCACCAGGCUUGAUCCCAGGCAUUAUAACGCAUGGUUUGGAUUGGGAACGAUAUUUUCGAAACAGGAGCAAUACUAUUUAGCGGAAUUACAUUUUAAACGGGCUUAUCAUAUAAAUCCGCAAAAUUCUGCGAUAAUGUGCCACAUAGGUGUCGUGCAGCAUGCUUUAAAGAAAACCGAGCAGGCGUUAAAGACACUGAAUACGGCGAUAACUAACGAUCCGGACAAUACUUUAUGCAAGUUCCAUCGUGCGAGCAUCAACUUCUCAAUUGGUCGACAUGCGGAAGCUCUCCGAGAGUUUGAGGAGCUAAAAAAUAUUGUACCCAAAGAGUCUCUAGUCUAUUAUUCGAUAGGAAAGGUGCAUAAAAAGUUAGGCAAUACGCAUCUCGCAUUAAUGUACUUUAGUUGGGCAACGGAUCUGGAUCCGAAAGGUGUUAAUAGUCAAAUUAAGGAGGCUAUAUUGAGUCCAGGACAAGGAGAUGAUGAUUCUCCUGCGACACAAUCAGAAGAACAACAAGCACAAAAUAGUUCAAUGGAGCAGGAAGUCGAAACGAGUAGAGAAGGAAGCUCUGCGCCUCUCGCUGGGAACGUCUCUGUGGAACCUCCCGCCGACGAUAGCGACGACAGUUUAUGAAAACGUCGCGCCGUGCACAAGAAGAAAGCUGCCGUGAAAUAAAGCGACAAUUUGUAGCGCAUCGUUGUCCCUCAUGUCUGGUCACUCGGAUCGUUCUCUAUCCCGAUCUGGCGCUUUACAGAAUCGAUAAGAAGUCGCUUAACGCAUUCGUCGAAUUAAGUUUAGCAAUUGUCCAUAUUGUUGCGAAUAAGUUUGUGAGGGAUUUGGUCGAGGAGAGUUCACAUCGUAUCGUUUCUCCGUGGAAUCAUUUUCUUCACAUAUGUCGGAAAUCCUUAAUCACAGAAACGCGGUAUCCUCACCUUCGCGAAAGAGAAUAAGAAGAGAAAGAAGAGACGACCCGUCAUGACGUAUCCCUCCCAUCGACUUGUACAUUAGCACGCGUUCGUUUCUGUAUAUUUUUUCUUUUCUUUCUGCCUUUUCGCUCGGUCAUCCUUCGUAUUUCUUCGUUCUUAUAAUCACGUCUCUUGUGCCUCGUUCCGUUGCGGGCUAAGUCCCUUCGAGUCGGACGAGACGUAGAGAUCUUGCAUCACUGGAACUCCGCGAUGUUAUCGAUUGUCGAGUCCGACUUGAGCGCGUAGCUCGGUCCUAGAAUAAUCCUAUAUAGGGGUCUAGUCCUCACUCAGACAAGGUAUUAGAGAUUAUGGUUGACGAGUAGAAACUGUAUUGUACCGCGAGAAGAUGAACGAACGUAACCGUAAGCAUACAUAUUAUAGUUAGAUAGUGUAAUUAAUUCAUCAUUUAAGAAAAGGAAUGAAGUUUUGUGUAAAUGUAAAUUAUUAUAUUAUUAGGGUCCUCGUGUGCGAAAGCUACCGUCCAUUGUGGCCGGCUUUUUCAAUCAUUCACUAGUAGCCUGAAAGCCACGAAUAUCUACGUUACUUCAAAUCACUUCGUUGGCAUAGGCGAGCCAGCCAUAAGCGACAUGAGCUUUUGUGCGAGUCCUGAUUACUGUGUAUUUACUGCAAUUUAUUAUUAUUGCUAUUAGUGCUACCAUUACUAUUAUUAUCCGUAUGAUUAUUAUUGUUGAUUUAAGGAUUAUGGGAGGUACCGUCGGCCACCGCUACGUUGAUUGGUGGCUGUCGUUGGACGAUCGUGCAAUUCUCGUCGUGAAGUAAAAUCUUUAAAUCGAUCGAAAUAUGCGAAAUAUCUAAACCGUGGUGAUUAUGGCAAUUCAUUCGUUAGUCGCGACUACAAUCGAGAUACUUCGGCCUCUUGUCUCUCUUUCUCUUGAGCUUCGGUAUCCAGAGAUCAUUGUAAUCCCAUUAACUUGGCAAGUGUCUCUAUAUGUACACACACGCAACACGCGCCACGGAUCACAUAUUCUCAAUUGUGCGGGAAAGAGAAUUUCGCGUUCACGACAUCAGUCUUUGUGAAUUGAUAUUAAGUGUACAACGUAAAUCUCGCGUCGUAACUGGCCUCGAGUUUUGUUCGAGUUCCUCGGAGCGACGCACACAUUGCGUUUUAUUCCGGCAUCGGCAUAUACGCAAUUGUAUAUGCCGUUCGUCCCGGCAUCAUAGUCGGCGUGUGUGUCGCACGACA